AUGGCCAAUUCCAUGGAUGCUCUGGGAGCGUUCUCUCAUCUACGAACCAAUCUACCUACCUGGAUCACCCGCGUGUCUGAACUAGCCGCACAUACCGCUGCCAGACACUCCGAAUACUCCGAAGCAUACCGUCGCCAUGCUGCCUAUAAGCCCAAGCCGCGCCGCCACAAGAGCAGCUCCGUAUGCUCCGUCCGCACAGACGACGUUGUUCCUUUGUCCCAGCAGAAAUCUCCAUCCCCAGAACGCCAUUCUCUGGUAGAAUCCGCCACCAAAGAAGACACACCGACUCAACAGGCUGGGCGCAAGCGCAGCUCAGACGAGGCCCCUUCUAUCGACUCGGGCGACCGGUACGAGUAUGUCAGUACUCGCCACAAUGUGAUUAUCGACUACGACGGCCACACGCAGAAGGAGUUGGAGGAAAUUGCCCGGGACAUCGGCCUUGCUCGCAACAACAUCCGGCGCGCCAAGAUAGCGCUGCUCGGGCGUGGGGGCUUCCGAACAAAUAUUCUCAACAAGUCCGCCAAUCUGAGCACACGGGUCGAGUCGUCGCCGCUGCCUGCAUUGUCAUGCGUGCGUAGUACACGGACCGGGUCUGCCCUGGUUGGUGUCACGACGGGGUCGGCCAAUGGUAUGCGCCAGGAUUCGCCCUUUGAUUUUGCGGACAAGCAGCUGGAGGUUGCCCAUGGGCUCUGCGAGACAGCCGCGUGCCAGGUUCUUCGAUCGGGAGACUGUGCCACCGAAUUGGAUGGUGUGGAGGAGAAGUUCAAGAUGCUUCUGGACAUGGUCAAGAACGAGGUCGCUCGUCUUGAAGAAGAAAAGAAGCAGCAGGAAGCGAAGGAGGCCGAGGAGAGAGAGAAAAGUCAGCAGCAAGAGGGCUUAGCACCGGUGGCUGAUGAGGCGCCUUCGAAGCCUCCCGUCGGUGCGGCUGCUCGACUGGCCCGUCUGGGUACGUUAACUGCUAAUAAAUCCUCUUACGCUUCGACCGCCAUGUCCGGUGCCAUUGAGGUCGACGAUGGCUCCUCUACCUCUGCAGAGUCCAUUGACCUUUCUGCGAUUCGAUCAACCCGGAUUCGCGUUUAA